UAACAACUCGCGUAAAUUUGUUUGUUUGUGUUUGACAUCCGUAUUAGUUGUUUACCUCUCUUCAACAUCAUGGCUUUACGCAUCGCAAACAAAAUUAACCGUCAAUUCGUCAAAAACGUCCGUAGAUCGUUGUCUACUAAACGGGACAUAACCGACUUGGACUUAACAUCUCGGAAUAACGACGAUGUUUCCGGCGAAACCUCGCACUCAAACUCUCCAAUUUCGCCAUCAAAUCCAGUUCAAUACCAGGUAUGUCAACCGCGAGCGAACCGUUCUGGGCCUUCGUUGGUAGUAAAUUUUGCAUCGCAACGAAACGCUGUGAAGAAUGAGACUGAAGUGGCAAAGAACGCGAUGGCAAUGCAGCAUCUUCAACCAGCUUUGUUACCCGAAUAUUACAAGCCGCCGGUUGAAAUAAACUCGAGUAUUUAUCAGGAUACCACGAACGAGCAGGAAAAGCAAUCGUCGAUAAAGAAGGCGAGAAAAUUUGAGGAAUCCUCGACGAGGUUAAACCUAACACGUCCGUUAAAAGCACCUAAGCUAGCAAACCCAUUUCCGGAACCGGUCAAAGUGAUGCCAUCUCACACGGUUUGUGAUAAAGAAAAAGCUGAGUUGAUGUUGGCCGAACAAAAAAUGGCGGCGAGAACUGUUAUUUUACCCGAAAAUCACUCUUCGAGGCAACGCCACCAACAUCAACAGCAACACCAUCAUCAUGAUCAUCAACAACAACAACCCGUUUUAAUGAAAUGCCAAAGAAGGCAGUAUUCGACGAAGGGGGGCUCUAAGAGGAAAUGCAAAAAUAGUAAAACCUCCAUUUUGUGUCCCGAUAAGAGUGCCAAAAAAUGUAGGAGGUUUAAAAUGCCGUGUUGCGCCCCGGCGAGAAUUGGGGGUUGCACACCCAGGCAAAUAAGCAGAGCACCUUGCCAAAAAAUUUUUUCGCCAUAUCCCUCGUUCUCGGAGCGCUGCGGGGAACUCCCGUUUAUUCGGCCAACGGAAUGCAACAGCUGCCCGUGGAAACCGUGGAAACACCCCACGUUUAAAAACAACAACAAAAGUUACCACACAGAAAUCGAUUAUUUCGCACCAGGGACAAGCAAACUCGAAGAGGAAGAAUUCGUUAAAAAUCUUGAUGCCGAUAUUAUCAACGGAAAUUCGGUUGGGUAUAAGCUCCAUAAAAGUAUUAGAUGCUUGGAAGAAAAACCACCCUGUAAACAGAAACAAGAUUGCGAGGAAAGAAGGCCGAAAGAUGAAGCGGAAAUCCGCGCGAAAAACAAGGUGAAAAAGGACGAGUGCAAGAAGCCGAAAAAGAAGUGCAUAGAGCUCGCGUUAGGCGAUCAAAUCGGGGCGUGGUUGCAACAGCAAACCAUGAAAAAGACGCCGGUUAUGGAUAACAAUGAAGCGCAAAAAAUCAUGUCGACGAAACUACACGGAUUUUUGCAAGAAGCUGAAUUAGCACCAAUCGAGGAGGAACCAAUUCUUUUAAAGGACAAACCGUGUCCCCCGAAUCCCUGUAAGAAAUUUCCAUUCAAACACGACACUUUUGAGUUAGUUAAAGAACGCGAACCUGCACCGAGACAUAAGCCUCCAUAUUGUCCGGAGAAGAAGCACAAAUUGAUUAAGGAUUGCCCGGCUGGGCCGUGCGGUUGCUACAAAAACGCCCCUAUCUCAAAUAGAUUUCAAGAAUUGGCAUUGAGUGCAGACAUUUCUAACGGAGGAGGGUUGGUGGGGCCUCCAUCUGGGGGUAACGCCGAGAGGAUUGGGUAUUUCCUCGAUAAUGAUAGUUGUAAACCGAAAAAACCUCCGUGCAAAAAGUUUGAGAAACCGCAAUGUCAACCAGAAGAACCGGAACCAGAGGAAUGCGACCGCGGUUUGCACCCAAGGAGCGCAAUUUGUCCCAAAGAUGCCGGCUUUGAACUUCAUUACAAACGCCCGAAAUUUAUCCCCAAAACCGAUGAGGAAAUCAAUCGCGAUCGAGAGAACAGAAAGAAUAAGAAAACAAAGGGUUUCGAAGAAAUACCCCUCGUCUUACCUUCGGCUCAAACCUACAUUUAUCCCUACAUGGACAUUUCAACCCCUUAAAUCACAAAAAUAAUUUGAAUCGAAAAUAACCACCAAUAAUCGCCGUCUUAUUUUUUUUUUUCACUUUCCUUUUUUGAUUUCUACUUUAAAUUAAACGGCCAUGAUAUUUUUUUUUUUUUUGAAAGAGGGCAGCUAUAAUUUUUUCUAAUUUCUUUUAUAACAAAAAGGCUUAUUUAGGGGACUUCUUUAUUAUUAAGUAGACAACAGCUACAUUUCUAGUCGAAAUUAGUAGUAAAAUAUUUCUCAGUGUAUAAAGAUUAAUUAUUAGAUUCUAUUAUUUCUAGAUUUAAAAUAGAAAUGAAAUAAAGGCACCUCAAUUUGGUGCAAACACA